AAGGACGGGGAACUUGGAAUUAGUUUACAAAGUGAUAAUGAAUUAACAGGCUUGGUUACACUGUACGGAAUGGCGACGGGAAUAUGAAACAGGAAAACCACAAGAGAUAAGGAAAGCUAAAAACACGUUUUAUUGCUAUCGCAUACCUACUGUUGCUUCUCUAACAAAUAGCGCUAUGGCAGGGACAAGGACAAGAACGCGGAUUGGUUCGGAACUGUCCCGAUACGCGAGGGCAGCUGCUAUUGCUGAGGAAUUGCACCAUGAAUGCAGCGUUUUAUUAGAACUUUAUAGGAAAAAGGAGGAGUUCCCCGAGGACCUGGCCUUCAGUGAGGAGCGCUUGGUGACCGUGCCUCCUUCCUCCUCCCAGCUCUCGGUUUACGACAGGGUGUGGCGCCUCUACUCUGCCCUGCUACAGUGUAGGACCCUACUGGAGGGCGUCGUCCGCCGGGAAGAGGUGUUAGGAGACGGCGAGGUGGAGGCACAGUAUGAGGGUCAAAAGAAAACUGUGACGGACCGGCUGGGUUACCUGCUAGAGAUCACACGCCGCCUCCUGGUGGACGGAGAUGGGAAUGCAGCCUUAACUCCUGGUCCAGAGAAUCCUGAGUUAAGCGAUCCGAAGAAUGGCGGCCUGUUUGUCCUGAAGCGCGGGAUCUACCGCGUCUACAGCGAGCUGGAGCACUGGGCCCUGGCCGCCUCCAAAAGCUUGCGGGCCCUUGACCCUGGCGCGGCCGCCCCCAAAGAGCGAGGGAAGCGGGCGAGAAACCGAGGGAAGAGAGCCCGGAGAUGAGAUGGUGGAGAUAGGGAGAAUUAGUGUCUGAGUGAGGAAGGAUGUGGGAAGCAGGAUAUGCUGGGAAAAGGAGGGAUGGAGGGAUUUAGAGAUAGUGAUGGAAUAAGAUUGAGAGGACGUGGGAGAAGGAAGUCAGGGAGGGAUGAACAGAAGAGGAAAAGACAAAGAAAGUUGAACUAUGAGGAAGGAUAACCGAGGUAAAGAAAUAUGUACUUUAAUGUGGUGACCUCAACGCAAGAGAAAGAAAGAAUGAGAACGUACAGUAUACAUUCACGGGGAUGUGUGACUAUAACAGUGUUGGUUUUUAAAAGAAUGUGGUCAUUCAAGACAUAAUUUUUCUAACAUACAUUUUCUCUGCUGUAGUCCCACUUGCUGCUAACAUAGAGAAUGGAAAUAAUGUACUUCAGAUUCAUAAUGAGAUAUACUGUUCAACACUUUUGCCCAUGGAUGAGUCAAUUCAGGAGAUUAAUUCAAAAUAUCGAUUCCAGAAACUCUUUGAAGAGAAGUUUCUAUUCACGAGAAAGAAAAGGCUUUGCAAUUCAAUAUGGUUUUGAUGAUGCAAAAAGCAAAUUAAGGACAAAAGGAUUUCUAAAGACAGGAUUUUAAGAGGUAUUGACCCAAGUUCCGAUGUCUUACACCUGGUAUCAAGUUUUGUUCUUCAGACUUGAAGCAUUCUUCCAUGAACUUCCAUUGGCCUACUCCAGAUGUACUACGGGCCCCAAGGGCCAAUCUUUCAGAACAUUCAAAAUGGCAGUGACAUAGUGUUGCCUUACAGUGCCGAUUCUCAAACAUGGGGUUGUGACCCCAUUUGGAAUCCCUAAUUUGGAAAUGUUCAUUUUUUUUAUUGCUCUUGGUAGAUAGAGUAGAACCAGGGUUCCACUUGUGUCCUUCAGUAGCCAUAAAAUGUAUUUCUAUUUAUAAGACAUCUGUUUACCUCAGAACCUCUUAGAACAGAGUGGACAGGACAUGGCAGUAAAUCAGACUGUGAGAGAAAGAACAUCAAUAAUAAUAAUGUUAUUUUCUAAAGAGAUUAUCACACACAGUUAUUGCCCGGUCUUCCUUUUAGCUUUCCUCCUUGAGACUGAAAUAUUAUUACAUUUCAGUCCUCAUUGUAUUUAUUCUAUUGUAUGGAGUGUCAGAACUUCAUAGAAACUAAAUAUGUAUUUUUGAUGAAAAAAAAAAAGUAAUAUUAUAGAAUUGCCUAAACACUUUCACUUGAUUUUGAUAAUCAUUUCGAUGAGCGAGCAAGCACAGGCAUUCUCAUUUGCUGUAUCUCCACAAUGGGAACAAGAAAUCAUAUGCAAGGUUGUACACAGAAAAGUGUCUCUCAAGGCCAACAAAAUUGAAUAUUAAAAAAUAUACACAUA